AUGCAUAUAGAAAACGAAAGGAAGAGGAAAACAAAAGCCAGCGUGGAAAGGUUAAAAGCUGAGAUGGGAGAGAUUGUUGAACAACAGAACCAUAAUAGAGAAGGGCAAAAGGAAAUCAGAGAGAAGUUUAACGAGAUUGAGUUUGAAUGUGAUCAACUCAAAAGGGAAACGUUCCUUAUAUGGCAACAGGCUGCAAGCAAUCAGCAGCGCCUCAAUCUUAUGUUGAAAAUUUUGAAAGCACGAGACGAAAACAAUUUUCAUGAAGCUUCUAAACUUUCUCAGUCUCUUCGAGAAUGCAUGAUGAAGCAAAGCACGAAGAAGAAUCCUUCAGUAUUUGCGGAUGCGAGUGGCACAUAUAGUUUGAAGAAGAAAUGA